AUGACAGAAAAGCAAUUAAGUUGUUGUCUCGAUUUAAUGAGACGUUUACCACCAUCUCAAAUUGAAGAUAAUUUAGCAGGUCUCCUUGAUCUUGUCCCAGAUCUCACUGAAGACCUUUUAUCAUCAAUUGAUCAACCACUCAAGGUUGCUUAUGAUGCAGUUUCAAAAAAAGAUUAUUUAUUAUGUGAUUACAAUAGAGAUGCUGAUUCAUACAGAUCACCAUGGUCAAACAAAUAUGAUCCACCAUUAAGUGGUGCAUGUUAUCCAUCAUCAAAAUUAAGAGAUAUUGAAGUUCAAGCUAAUGAAAUUUUUGAAAUUUAUCUUAACUUAUAUUUUGAAGGUGGUGUUUCAUCUGUUUAUUGUUGGGAUCUCGAUGAUAAUUUCGCUGCUGUAGUUUUAAUGAAAAAAACUCAAGAUCAAUCUAAAAAAGGUCAACCAAUGAGAGGUACUUGGGAUUCAAUUCAUGUUGUUGAAGUUAAACUUGGAAAGAAAGAUAAAGCAGUCUACAAAUUAACAUCAACUGUUAUGUUAUCAAUUGAAACCGAUAAUGAUAACACUGGUAAAGUAAAUCUUGCUGGUAGUUUAACUAGACAAGACGAAAAAGAAUACACAUUCAAUGAAGUUGAUACACAUUGUGUAAACAUUGGUAAAAUGGUUGAAGAUAUGGAAUCUAAAUUAAGACAAACCUUAGAAACCAUUUACUUUGGUAAAACAAAAGAAGUCGUAAACACCCUCCGUAACGCCACCGGUAACUCUGAAUUAGAAAAGAGAAAGAACCUUUCCAACCAAAUUGGUUCCGCUAUCGGAAACAGAGGUUAA